AUGGUCAGGCCUAUGGCUGUUGGUCUUGCCCUUCUGCCAAUUCCGGAGAGAAGCAGCAAAUCUGGACCUCGAGCUAACUAGAUACCAUUUUAACUCGAAGACCCUCUUCUCUUCCUCAGAUUCCUUCUCAUUCGCUGGAGUCUUCGCUUCCGUCCAGUUCUGCAGGAGUUUCUUUCUCCAAAUUCAAAUCUGCCUCUAAACUGAAGAUAGCCACCCCUCUUCUUCCGUGAAGACUCCGAAGUCAUGUCUACAGGACCCUUUCCAUCUGCAAGAAAAGAGGGAAGUUUUGUUUCAGCACCCAGUUUUAGGUCCAAUCAAAGGAAGAUGUUAAACCUACUUUUGGAAAGAAACACUUCUUUCCCAGAUUUCCCCAAAUCUCCAGGAGACAAACUUCUCGACUCGACAAACCUAAGCAUUUUGUCUGGAGGAACCCCAAAACGUUGCCUUGAUCUUUCAAAUCUUAGCAAUGGAGAGAUGUCUGCUUCUCAUCUUACCACUUCUGCUGACUUUGAUGAAACAGGUUCCUUGGAUUCCUCAGGACCUCAGGAUGUACAGUUAGCUGAGAAGAAUCAUCACCAGGACCCAAUGAAAGGCAUCCCAGUGCAGCUUCUCUGUAGUACUCCAAAUGCUUUGGACCAUGGCCACAGAAAGAAAGAUGCAGUGCGUGGCUUAUCUGCAAAUAAAGAAAACAUGAACACCCAUCUAAAGACACUGGAGUGGGAGGCACCUAGGACCCCAGCGUUUCAAAACAGGCCUGGAGACCCUCUGGCUUCCCCCCCUUCUUUACUGGAAAAUGGAAUCUUGAUGGAAAAUGAAAUGAGGUAUCUGGGCAGUCCCAUUACUACAGUUCCAAAACUGAGUAAGAAUCUAAAGCUAGAAGACCAAGAAGGGCUUUCAGAGGAUUCAGUGGAGUUUUCCCUGGAAGACCAAGAUACCAAGGGCUUAAGUCUAAAGAAGAUGGUCUCUCUCUGUGAUAUGAAUGCCAUUCAGAUGGAGGAAGAGCCUGACCAAGGGCACCUUAUUGGUGAUUUCUCCAAGUUGUGUGCGCUGCCAACGGUGUCAGGGAAACACCAAGAUUUGAAGUACGUCACCCCAGACACAGUGGCUGCUUUACUGUCUGGAAAGUUCCAGGAUCUGAUUGAGAAGUUUUACAUCAUUGAUUGCCGCUAUCCAUAUGAGUACCUGGGCGGACACAUCCUGGGAGCCUUAAACCUGUAUAGCCAGAAGGAACUGCAUGAGUUCUUUCUGAAGAAGCCUAUUGUCUCUCUGGACAUCCAGAAAAGAAUCAUCAUUGUGUUCCUCUGUGAAUUCUCCUCAGAGAGAGGCCCCCGAAUGUGCCGUUCUCUGAGAGAAAAAGACAGAGCUCUGAACCAGUAUCCAGCAUUGUACUACCCAGAGCUGUAUAUCCUCAAAGGGGGCUACAGAGACUUCUUUCCAGAAUAUACGGAGCUGUGUGAACCACAGAGCUACUGUCCUAUGCACCACCAGGACCACCAGGCUGAGCUGCUGAGAUGGCGAAGCCAGAACAAAGCCCAGGAAGGGGAGCGGCAGCUUUUGGAGCAGAUUGCCCUCCUGGUGAAGAAGGAUGUGAACCCACAAUAGUGGCCAUGACAGUGGCAGUGAAGUCACUGGAAGACACUGGACACCCUGAACAUAGUCAUCUCUGUCACCAACGACAGGAUCGUAAAAAAGUGUCUGCAAACACUGGGGAUAGUCAGGCAUGGUUCAAACACCUGUAGUCCCAGCACUAAGGAGGUAGAUGCAGGAGGAUCUCUGUGAGUUUAAGGCAGGCAUGGGCUACACUUGACCCUGUCUCAAAAACAAACAAAUAAAAAGCAAACAAAACCCAUCAAACAAAAGCCUCCAGACCAUCUACAAGCCAAUAGGCUGUCAUACUGAUGAAAUGCUAACCCUGAAUACUAGCUUGGUGUCAGUGAGCUGCUGGCUGGGUGCUGGAUGAUUAGCAGAGGUAUUUGCAUAGCUUCAGAGAGUUCAUAUAGUUUUCUUCCAGGUCUCCCACAUCUUACCAUAAACCAAACAGUUAGUUCUCUGACCAGACAUGGCUUUUUGAGAUCGUUGCUUGCCCUCUUUCUUUGUAUUUUCUUCCAUUGAUCUUAACUGGAAUGGGAAAGUAAACAUAGGAGAAGUGUGAUUGUGAACCCAGUCUCUUCCAAGAAGAUCUACAUAAGGAGAAGAGUCAUGGAUGAGGCUCCCUUAAGGGCGAAGACUGUGGUGUGUGGUAGAUGGCUUGCCCAGCAGUCACAAGAACCUUGAGUUUGAGCUCCAGCACUACAAACAAUUUAAAACUACUGUCUUAGGAGAUGGGUCAAAUGAGUAAAACAUUUGCUGCAUGAACAUGAGAACCUGAGUUCCAAACUCAAGAAGCCACAUAAAAACCGAGCACUGUAACUGCAUCUGUAGUAUGUACCAUGAAAUGGGGAUGGGGACAGAAGUGCUGGAAACUCAGGCCAGCUAAGCCAGCAUACACAUGAGUGAACAACAGAAGAGACCCUGACUUACUUAUGGUGGAAGAUGAAAGUCAACACCUGAAGUGAUGCCCUGACUCUCUCUCUCUCUCUCUCUCUCUCUCUCUCUCUCUCUCUCCUUC